UGCUGGGUUAGGUUUCAGCAUAGCUGGUGGCACUGAUAACCCUCAUGUUGGUGAUGAUCCUAGCAUAUUUAUAACAAAAUUAAUUCAAGGUGGUGCUGCUGCUGCAGAUGGCCGAUUACAGGUGAAUGAUAUUAUUUUAAAAGUAAAUGAUGUUGACCUUAUUGACAUACCUCAUUCCAUAGCUGUUGAUGCAUUAAAACGUGCAGGCAAUAUGGUUCAUCUGCUUGUAAAAAGGCAUAGAAUAUCUCCUCAAAUAGUAGAAAUAGAAUUAUUAAAAGGCAACAAAGGCUUAGGUUUUAGUAUUGCUGGUGGUAUUGGUAAUCAACAUGUUCCUGGAGACAAUGGAAUUUAUGUUACAAAAAUCAUGGAUGGGGGAGCUGCACACAUAGAUGGAAGGUUAGAAGUAGGGGACAAAUUAAUAGCUGUUGGAGAUACAAACUUAGAAAAUGUUACCCAUGAAGAAGCUGUUGCAACUCUAAAAGCAACAACUGAACGUGUAGUUUUAACUGUUAUUAAACAAGCUGCUGGCAGUCUGUUUAGGAAUCCAUCUAGAAAUCCAUCUCCAUUACCAUUAGCUAACAUAAUUCCAACACAAGAAGUUAUAAGGGCAAAAAGCAUCACACCUCCUUUAAAUGUGCCAGCGGAGUAUCCUUUAGAAUCACCACCUGAUGAUCAGCCUCUUCCAAGAGCAGCUACUAUAGAAGAUUUCACAAAGGAGCCUCGGAAAGUGGUUUUAUCCAAAGGAGCUACCGGACUAGGUUUCAAUAUUGUAGGCGGUGAGGAUGGCGAAGGAAUCUUCAUUUCCUUUAUCCUUGCCGGCGGUCCAGCAGAUCUGAGUGGAGAUGUCCGGAGAGGAGACCAAAUCAUAUCGGUGAAUGGCAUCGAUCUUAGGCACGCCACCCACGAACAAGCAGCAGCCGCCCUAAAAGGUGCCGGCCACACUGUCACAAUGCUGGUGCAGUAUCGUCCAGAAGAAUACAACCGGUUUGAAGCAAAAAUUCAUGAUCUCAGGGAGCAGAUGUUAAAUAAUACUUCUGGCAGCUUACGGACUUCUCAAAAAAGAUCGCUGUACGUUAGAGCAUUAUUUGAUUAUGAUCCAUCUAAAGACAGUGGACUGCCAAGUCGUGGCCUUCCAUUUGGUUUUGGAGAUGUUCUUCAUGUAACUAAUGCAAGUGACGACGAGUGGUGGCAAGCUAGAAAGGUUUUAUCAGACGGAGAAGAGGAAGGAAUGGGCAUCAUACCAAGUAAAAGGAGAGUUGAAAGAAGGGAAAAGGCUAGAUUAAAGUCUGUUAAAUUUCAAGGAAGGAAUAGUUUUUCAGAUGGGAAGAGUACACUAGAGCGGAAAAAGAAAAAUUUUUCCUUUUCAAGGAAGUUCCCUUUUAUGAAGAGCAAAGAAAACAGUGGUGAUGAUAGUGAUAAUGAUCAAGCUCCUAAUAUAUCUGCCAGUGAUAGUGAAGGCGGAAGUAUCCGAGGACCUGAUGAGCCCAUACUUUCUUAUGAAGCUGUCACUCAAGAAAAAAUUAGUUAUGCCAGACCAGUAAUUAUACUUGGACCUCUAAAGGACAGAAUAAAUGAUGAUCUAAUAUCAGAAUAUCCAGACAAAUUUGGCAGCUGCGUUCCUCAUACUACACGCCCAAAACGAGACUAUGAGGUUGAUGGAAGGGAUUAUCAUUUUGUCUCUUCAAGGGAGCAGAUGGAAAGAGAUAUACAGAAUCAUAUGUUCAUUGAAGCUGGACAGUAUAAUGAUAAUUUAUAUGGCACUAGUGUUGCUUCUGUAAGAGAAGUUGCUGAAAAGGGCAAGCAUUGCAUAUUGGAUGUCAGUGGAAAUGCAAUUAAACGACUUCAAGUUGCUGGUCUUCAUCCCAUUGCUAUACUUAUAAAACCUAAAUCUGCAGAGUCUGUAAUUGAAAUGAAUAAGCGCAUGACAGAAAUGUCUGCUUUGAAAGCCUACGAAAGAGCUCUGAAGUUAGAGCAAGAAUUUGGUGAAUAUUUUACAGCUAUUGUACAAGGUGACACACCUGAAGAAAUAUACAGUAAAGUCAAGCAAAUAAUAAGAGACCAAGCUGGUCCCACUAUUUGGGUCCCUGCUAAGGAAAAGCUGUGAUGCAACAUGACACAUAUCUUAGGUCUUUCAUAAUUUCUGUGAAUGGACAUUUAACUGAAUAAAUCAUCAAAAUGUGCAAG